ACGCAUGUUUCAGACUUCAACAUCAGCCCAAACCCAACUGUCCGCAAGCGGCCAGGAGUCCUGGAACCAACCACCCUUCCACCCUCAACCUAAGUGCUUCAAUAUUUGGUUGUGGAAGAGGUUGUGGGAAGGACCACAGCAACGGCAGCAGAUAGAUAGGUUAUGAAAAGAUGAGUAGCUAAAACAGAGGGGAACUGGCAGCCUCGCAGUUAAACUUUUGCCACCUGAAGAACCAGGUGAGCAAGGAACUAAUAACUACUAGUAAUAGUUUUCCUUCUAGUGGAAGCCCCUCCUGCCUGUGUAACUUCGUGCCACCUGAACCAGAUGAGCCAGGUAGUUCAGCUAAUGGUAGGCAUGCAGGCAUACCGGUACCACAUCCCACUGGCAAGUUGGGAAAGUCCCAGCUGUGCGUUCUUUAUCUAUCUGUAUGUACUUGCACCAGCUUUACUGGUACAACUAGAAAGAUUGCAACCUGCAGGUUGCUGCUAACCAUAGCAACCAGCCUGCUAAAAAGGAUCUGGUGGAUGGCAAAGCCAUCACAAAACCUGUCGUCUACUGAAUCGGUGCCAGGCCAGGUCUUCGCCCACCAAACAAUCCGGAUCCAAACCUACCGGCCUGGUACCAAGCAUCACCCUGGCUAGCUAGCUCAACCAGCUAAAAUGCUUGUACGGCUGUGGGUUUGGUUAUGAGCUGGACAGGUUGAACUCCUCAGCAAUAGUUUUGCACCGAAAGUCUAAAGUCUAUUUCAAGGUGUCUGAUGAUGGAAUGAGGGGUUGUGGGUUAACCUCAGAAUACAGGCUUCACCUCCUUUCUCGUUGAGGUUGGUUGCUGCUUUAGUAACGGCGCCACGAGCUUCUCAUGGUGACGACUGCUGGGCCGAUUGAUGGCUCCUGUCGUCGAGCUGCUCACCACUCAAAGCGACCGAUACAGUGGCUUCCGCAUUUGAGUGAAAGAGCCUGUUAGAGUUUUGCUCCAAGACAACUAACUGAAGCAACAUGAGUGAGGAAGAAAAGAACGAGGGAUCCGACGCGGAGGAGGAGGAAGAAGAAGAGGAGGAAGUAACGGAUCUGACCAACAGUGAUGUCUGCACCAAGUACCAAGAAGCUGCCAAGAUUGUCAAUCUGGCCCUUCAAGGUCUAGUGGGUCAAUGUGUCCCUGGAGCCAAGAUUAUUGAUCUUUGUGAGUUUGGUCACACUGUGGUUACCUCCCAGGCCCAAAAGCUCUUUACCAAGAAGGUUGAUGGUCAACCGAUUGAUCGAGGAAUUGCCUUUCCAGUCUGUGUCUCGGUCAACGAUAUCGUCUGCAAUCAUUCCCCAUUAGCUACUGAAGAGCUUGAACCACUUAAAGCUGGUGAUAUUGUCAAGAUUGAUUUAGGUUGCCAUAUUGAUGGGUAUAUUGCUGUGGCAGCCCACACUCUGGUUGUGCCCGAGUCAGCAGACGCCGCUCCUGCAUCCACCCCGGAUGAGCUCGGAAAUGUUGCCGUGGCAGCAUACAACGCAAUGCUGGUCGCUGCACGAUGCAUUGCCGCCGGAAAGAAGAAUACCGAUGUUACGGCUGCUGUGGAACGGGUUGCCAAUGCUUAUGGUGUCACUCCAAUUAGCUCGGUCCGAAUGCACCAAAUGAAACGGUAUGUGCUGGAUGGUGUCAAAGAGGUGGCAUUGAAAUCACCAAACCCCAACGACAACGAACUGGAACAAGAAGAGAAGCUUCCAGAUUGCACCUUUGAAAAGGCGGAAGUGUAUGCCGUGGAUGUUGCAAUGAGCACGGGAGACGGGAAGGUUCGACCUGGAGAAAUGCGUACCACAGUGUUCAAACGAAAUGUAGAGAAGCAAUACCACUUGAAGGUCAAGGCAAGCCGUGCAGUUCUGGCCGAAGUGGACAAGAAAUUCCCAACACUUCCGUUCACUUUGCGUCACUUGAGCGAUGUGAGGCAGGCUCGAUUGGGCAUUCCAGAAUGCGUUCAACACGAACUUUUGACCAUGUAUCCGUCCUUGCACGAGAAGAGCGGGGCACUGGUAGCACACUUCAAGUGCACAGUUCUGCUGCUUCCCAGCGGUACAGUUCGAGUCACAGGACUGGAUAUGCCAGACUAUUUCAAGACAGAGAAGCAGCCAGAUGAAGAAACACAGAAGAUCCUAACAGAGAUCAAGGAGGAAGAAGAAAAGAAAGCUGCCCGCAAGGCCGCCAAGAAGAAAAAGAAGAAGGCUGGCAAGUCCUAGACAGGUGCUGGAACUUGUAGGCUUCUGACUAUGACGAUUGAUGCUGAGCUGUGGCAGCGAUGGGUGUGGUCCUCUUCAUCCGGAUAUCAAACGAUGGAUGUAACCAGUGUGAUUCAGGCAGUGUCUCGCACUAAAGUAAUAAUAGAUCACUUUCCUUGUUUGGCAACCCGAAUGCUUAGGGUUGCUUUCCUACAGCUCGCUCUGAUAGAAGAUUCUGCAAAUCAAUGUAGUCGCGCCCUUCUAUUAUAAGAUUGAUCAGUCAAUAUUAUCUGUUCAAGCUUAUUCAAACUAUAGACGUGCUGUUUGAGAGCCCAUGUGCUUUCUUGUCGCAUCGAGAACCAACUGCAACUUCAUGGCCAGCCCCAUGUUGCCCUUGAUCUUGAGCUUGCCUUUCAUGAAAGCCUGUUGGGGUGUGAUCUUCUUGGCCAACAGAGCCUGAAGAACAUCCAAGGAAGUCUUGACUUGUAAAUCUGGCUUUUCUGAAGAUUUACCACUCUUGGUACACUUCAGGAUGAAGGGAUCGGAACCGUCCACGGAAAAAGCAACAGUCGCAUUGAACCUUGCCUUCAGGCGGUCGUUCAACUCGACUGCCUCCGUCAUCGCCUUGGCAAUUUCUUCUGCUGUUGGACCGCUCAUGGUAACACCGGUAUCAGAUCAGGAGAGCAAAUUGGUCGUUUCAGAGGGGAUUUCAGAGGCAUCCGGCGUCUACCAUUGAACAAUGGCAUGGCGGGUCAGCGGCCACCUCCAUGCAUUCUCAUGUCGUGCAGCAUCGACGGUGGUAUCUUUGUUAGUACGUUAGGGUUC